AUGCACAAAAUCACAAAGAAAUUCCAUCAUUACUCUCUGUCGACGUUUCGUCAUCAUGAUUUAUCAUUUAGAACGGCAAUCAUAACAAAUGUCCCGAACCAAUUAUCAUUGUCCUCCUGUUGCUCCUCCUCAUCCUCUAGAAACUUUUCCAUCUCUCUUCAUUCGUUCCGAAAGAAGAGUUUAACUGAACGUAAUGAAACCACCAUCAUCAAAAUCAAGUAUGAUCCUCGGAAAGAAGCAACUCCUAAAAAGCAUCAAAUUGAGCAUAAAUUUCAUCAAGAACAUUCCGAACAAACACAACAUUCCAUUCAACAAUUCAAUCAAAUCAUUUCUCAAGUAGAUGUCAAUAAGACUACCAAACAGCUUCUUCAACAACUCAUUGAGAAGCGUUUUGCUCCAUUCAAAAAGGCUAAAGAAGAACUCACUGAAGAAGAAACUUUCUUCUUUUCCAAUUUGAUGGACUCGGAAUAUAUGAAGAAGGCUUCUUCCUUGUUGGAGAAACUUGGUAUUGAACAGAUACCAUUGGAUCAAUUUGUAAAGGCUAUGACUCAUAUUAGUUUUAUUCCUCCUUCCAUCUAUACGACGACAUCUCAGACCAAUAAUAGUGUUAGUACAAGUAGCAACAACAACAACAUUAGUAGUAGUAGUACUCUACAAGAUCCAAGUAGUGUUCUGGCACAAUGCAAUGAUGAAUAUCAACCCAUGGGAGGACAACUCUUCACGACACUUUGCAACAAAUUCAUGUAUCUGUUUUUAAAGUAUAGAGAACAGCGAUAUAACACUUCGGAGAAGAAUUUGAGAUGGUUCUUGGAAGAUGCUUUGAAUAUUGAGAGAAGAGGAUCUGAGUUUGAAAUUCAAUUUAAUUAUUUCAAUCGAUUGAGGAAUGAUGUCUUGCAACAUAUUUCAAAAGAGAUUGGAUUGAGUGAAUUUGUAUUGUUUGAUACUUCACGAUUAUUGGCGGAGGCUCCAAAGAAUGUUUUGAAAACAAAGGAGGAAAAGAUGAUGAAGGAAGAGACGAAUACAACAAGUAGUACCUCACAAGUAUCAUCAACUGAGACAACCAGUGACACCCUUUCAAAUGUUAAAUCUUCUGGUGAGGAGUCCUUGACAACGCAAGAGUUUAUUCCCAUUGAUAAGCAAUUGGAAACUAUUGCCAAUGCUAAUGCUGUCAGAGCUAUUCUGUAUCUUGUAGAGUCUCAGUAUGACUUUAAUAAGGUCUCUCAACUCUUUGAAAAUGUCAUGAUUCCUAAAAUUGUCCACUAUAUUCAGUCAGAGACAACAGUUUUGAGAGAGGAUGUUCAUUACCCUCAACUAUUGCAUAACUUGUUGCAGCAACAUCCUGAAAUGAAAGACAAAUUCUACAUUGAAUAUCGAUUUUUAACACAAUACUUUGAUGAAGAUGGAAAAAAGAAGGUCAAGGUCGCACUUUUUAUCAAUGACAAGCAAUGGGAUCAAGAGUUGGCUCCAAACUUUACAGAGGCCAAGUUUCUUCUCGCAAAAACCUUCUAUGAAAAUUUGCGAAGAAAUCCAGUGUUACUGAGAAAGGUACAAGAGCAAUUGGCCAAUGCGGAAUAUAUUUAUUCAUUGCAAAAGUUGACUGGUGAGAGAAAGUAA